AUGAUCUUGGAGGAUACCGUUAAAUACUUGCGUAUUGCGAAGACUCCCGAGGAUGUCGCCAACUGGAGAUUGGUGUAUAACUUUAUCGUGGAAACGAAAUACUUUCUCGAGCAUUACGAUAGUAUCAUCGAAACUUGGGAUCUAUGUGAUAAAGAAUUUCUAAUGCUGCUGUGGCAACUGGAAGAAUUGCUUACGGAGUUGUUGUACAAAUAUACCACAGUUUCAACGGAGUACCUACGCCCUGUGUCACUCCCAACUGUUGAAAUCAAGUGCUGUAAUAUAUUGUUCGAAAAAUCUUCUCAACUCUUUCGGCAUUACUACACAGUUCAUCAUACUCCAGCCCGGCUAAACGAUGUGCGCUAUUGUGAGAUGAAGGCUGGCCUGUUGAAGUUGGAUUUCUACCGUCGAAGCGUAAAGUACUACCUAGAGUUCGGCAACUGGGCAGACCACGUGCUAUGUCUGUACCUUAAACGUAUAUACAAGAAAUUAAAUCAUACUCUGGAUCCGUUUCGGGAAUCAUAA